ACUGGGUGGAAAAAGCAGAAGUGAUGAUGACCCAAUCUGCCAUAAACUGUGCGUUAUGCAAAUGACAGGGGAAAUGUUUUUUCAAUAAGAUCUUUGACCGCAGUCAAGCCAGCAGGUAGAAAACAAAGGAGAAUGCCCUUCUGCAGUAAGGAACAGCAUGAUAGAGCAGCGCCUAACCAUGGGACUGUUCUUCCUUUUCAAUCUCUUCCAGACAGGUUUUACAUCUGCUGUGACAGGCCCUUCAAUGCUGGAGGCUUUCCUUGGCAAAUCACUGUCUGUGAAGUGUCAAUACGCAGAUGGUUAUCAAAACUACAGAAAGUACUGGUGCAAAGGCUCUAACUGGAAGUACUGUAUCCCAGUUGUUAAGACUGACAAGACAGAGAAAGAAGAGAGGGCUGAGAGAACUGUUAUCAGGGACAAUCAGACACAACUUGAAUUCACUGUGAGAGUGGAGAACAUCACAGAGCAAGAUGCUGGCAUUUAUUGGUGUGCCAUAGAAAGAAGUGGAUUUGAUCUCAGUUCUGAAGUAAACAUUAUAGUAAUCGCAGAGCUGCCAUCUACCACAAUAGCUGUAAAUACUGGAUACUCUCCUCCUGUCUCAGUCUUCCCUAGUGAAAAUACAGUGACAGAUACAGAAAGAAACCUCCUUGAUCCCAUAAUCGUGCUACCACUGGUUUUUGCAGCACUGAUGCUAAUUUUAGGAGCUUUGCUGUUCACAUGGAGACUAAAGAAGAAAAAAG